AUGGCAUUCCUUUCCUUCGCUCGAAACCUCUUCGUUCCGCCAGCAGUCUACGGCAUUGGAGACACGACUCCACUCAGGUCGUUAGAGGAUGCACUGGCGCAUGCAGCCCAUUCUGGACGGGAAACUUUAGCUUUCGUGAACAACGGGUAUACUGGCGGUGAUAUUGAACGGGUCAUCAAUCAAUUGUCCUCUAGGGUGACCGGGGCCGGGAAGACGGCGACGGUAGUGUCGGAGGAGACAGAUCUCGGCGUGGUCUGCCGAUCCACCCUGCGCGGCGUGUCACCUUGUUACGGCGCAGUCGUCUUCCGUGCCUCCCCGAGCGAAGGAUCCGGCACUAUCUGGAAUUACACUAUCCGCUCGGACGGCGCCCUCGGUAACGGAAGGAUCGAUGUCGAUAAGACCACCAAUGAUGGAGAGGUCUAUAUCAUACCGCUCCAACAUGCAGUUGAUAGCGCCAUCACGAGUCUCAACUCCUCUACGAACAGCUCUGCCCUGCAAGGCAAUGUGCAAGAGUAUCCCUUCACAGACUUGACAGUGGAGGAGCGGGCAGAUCGCAUUCGUGUCCGGUACCAGGGCGCCAUCAUAAGCUUUAUGGGCGUCGGCUUCGUCCUAGGCGUCAUUGGAGUAUGCUAUCACCUAACUGGAUUUAUAGCUACCGAGAGGGAGAUUGGCAUGUCAACACUAAUUGAAGCUAUGAUGCCGACUAAACAAAGAUGGCAGGCCCAGGCCGCAAGGCUGCUGUCGUACCAUAUCUCGUUUACGAUCCUCUAUCUUCCCGCAUGGAUCAUCGGCUCUCUGAUCCUUGCUCGGGGAGUCUUCAAGGACACCAAUGUGGCUAUUGUUCUCAUAUAUCACAUCCUAGUGGGACUGGCGAUGACUUCAAUGUCUAUCUUUGGCGCAUCUAUCUUCAACAAGUCCCAGUUGAGUGGUGUCUCUGUCACCAUUGCCUAUUUGCUCUUAGCAAUUAUCGCUCAGGUCAUCUCGCAUCCGAAUACAGGGCAAGUGACCGCUUUGAGCUUGCUCUUCGCUCCAUGCAAUUACGUCUAUUUUAUCACUAUUCUAGCCCGAUAUCAGCAAAAAGAGUUGCCCACAGACUUGAUCAAAAUUGCGCCUAAAAGCCCUUUCAGGAUCCCAGGUAUUGUACUCUGGGUCUUUUUAAUUAUCCAGAUAUUCGUAUAUCCAAUACUUGGUGCCUACAUUGAGCGGUAUCUUUGGGGGACCGCCACCCACGGACGCAAUAUCACAUUGGGCUCGGACAGAUCUACAGACGCCGCCGUCCAGCUGGAAGGCUUCACCAAGGUAUAUAAGCCUGGGUUUGUCCGGCGCAUGUUUGGAUUUGUGUCGCGGCCCAAGGAUCCAGUGAUUGCCGUCAAUGGGCUCACACUGACUGCCCAGCGUGGGCAAAUUCUUGCUCUCCUCGGCGCGAACGGCAGUGGCAAGAGUACAACGCUCGACGCUAUCGCUGGAACUAAUCGUCUCACAAAUGGCAAUAUCACCAUCGAUGGAACAGGUGGACUGGGUAUUGCGCCACAAAAGAACGUUUUGUGGGAUGAGCUUACCGUAGAAGAGCAUAUCAGGAUCUUCAAUAAGCUAAAAUCUCCGGAUAACGUUGCCACCAAAGAGGAAAUCCGGCAGCUAGUCGCAUCUGUGGACCUCGAUCGAAAAAUACACGCCGCAUCGAAGACACUCUCGGGUGGACAGAAGCGAAAAGUCCAACUUGGUAUGAUGUUAACGGGUGGGAGCGCCGUCUGUUGUGUUGAUGAGGUGUCCAGCGGUCUGGAUCCUCUAAGCCGCAGAAAAAUCUGGGAUAUCUUGCUCGCCGAGAGAGGACGUCGUACCAUCAUCAUGACGACGCACUUCCUUGACGAAGCCGACUUGUUAGCAGAUCAUAUUGCGAUUCUUUCAAAGGGGACACUGCGCGCCGAAGGCUCAUCCGUCGAGCUUAAAGAUAGGCUUGGCGGUGGCUAUCGGAUCCAUGUCGACAGUCACGCAAAGCAGCUAGGGGCGACGCCUGAUAUUGAAGGAGUUCACAAGAAAGCCUCCUUUGAUAUUGUCUCAUAUGUUGCACCUUCAUCGAACCUCGCGGCGCAGGUCAUUCGCACAUUGGAAGCCAAUGGCGUUACGGAUUACAGGUUCUCAGGCCCCACUAUAGAGGAUGUGUUCCUUCAGGUGGCUGAAGAGGUUCGAUCCGAGGAGGGCGAUCACGGCGCACACAAGACGGUCAGCCCUGUCGCCAGCGGCGACGAAAAGCAUGUUGCAUCUCAAGAUAUUCCCGGCGGCGAACCUCCCGAAAAGGAUGGCCUCGAACUUCAGUCCGGCAGACGUAUCGGUUAUAUCCGCCAAGCUGGCGUUUUGUUCUCAAAGAGGCUCGUCAUAUUCAAGCACAAUUGGUUCCCUUACUUUUGCGCGUUUGCCGCACCUGUCCUUGCUGCUGGAUUAACUACACUAUUCGUUCAAAACCAACACCCGGUGGGAUGUAACGCAGCCGAGCAAGGAUCUGAUGAAAGUGCUCAAAGUAUCUUCAGCUCUGGUAUCGGCAUAUUCCUUGUUGGCGGACCAUCUUCUAGAAUGUCCCAACAAACAUUACUGAACCUGUUCCAACCUGUUUUCAAAGCAUUGGCUGGGGGUACUGGCUUGGACAGCACUAGCGAGCUGAUUGGCUUGGCAGCCUCGUUCAUCGACAACAUCACUUUUGUGGACACCUUCGACGACUUCAAUAAUGCAGUUGUUCAAUAUCGCAAAAAUAUAACACCGGCUGGUCUUUGGCUUGGAGAUGACAGCUCUCCAGCAACACUUGCUUACCUGGGUAGUGGUGCAGAGGUCUACAGUGCGGCUUUUGGAAUUAAUUUCUUGGACAUUCUCCUUUCAAAUACAUCCAUUGCUACGACAUACGCCCCAUUUGAUAUUCCUUGGAAUCCUGACACUGGCAAAUCGCUCCAGCUUUUAGUCUACAUGGGCCUUGCAUUUUCUGCUUAUCCUGGAUUUUUCGCACUAUAUCCCAAUCUCGAGCGACGACGCAAUGUUCGCGGUCUCGAGUAUUCUAAUGGUGUUCGGACACUACCCCUUUGGGUUGCAUAUACGGCGUUCGAUUUUGCCAUAGCCAUCGUUUCAUCGGCUUUGGUCACUAUCAUAUUUGCAGCGUUGUCAGACGUUUGGUGGUAUAUCGGCUAUCUCUUCCUCAUCUUCACCUUGUAUGGCCUAGCCUCGACACUUCUAGCAUAUGUCAUCUCCUUGUUCUGUCAAAAUCAGCUUUCAGCAUAUGCAUUCACAGCUGCUAGCCAAGCGGUCCUGUUUCUCGUGUAUCUCAUUGCGUAUCUCUGCACUAUCACAUAUGCCCCUGUCAACAAGGUGGACGACUAUUUGCUCUUGGUACACUAUCUCAUAUCUGCAUUCGCACCUAUCGGAUCUAUCAUUAGAACAUUGUUCCUAGCUCUUAAUCUGUUCUCUGCUACUUGCGAUGGAGACAAAUUGUCAACCAAUCCAGGCGGGAUCCUGUACUACGGCGGACCGAUUCUCUACCUGAUCGUACAGUCCAUUAUCCUGUUCCUCCUCCUGAUAUGGUUUGAUAGUGGCGAUGUCGGCGCAUCAAUCAUGCGCAUCUUCAGAUCGCGGAGGAAACAGCCCGAGCCUCAGGACAAUUCCGUCUCGGACGAAGAAGUGGCCAACGAACUUGUGCGGGUUAGCACUACCACGCGCCAGGACGGCACUUCCGACUCGACAGAUGGGCUCCGUGUGGUCCACCUGACCAAGACCUUCGGCAAGAACACAGCAGUCGACAACGUAACAUUUGGAAUCAAGCGAGGCGAGGUGUUUGCCCUCCUUGGUCCUAACGGCGCUGGAAAAUCUACAACAAUCAGUCUUAUCCGUGGCGAUAUCAAGCCAAGCGGCCGUGGCGCUGGUGAUGUCUUCGUGGAGAAUAUUUCAGUCUCCAAGCAUCUUGCCACGGCACGCUCCCAUCUUGGUGUGUGUCCGCAGUUCGAUGCGAUCGAUGUCAUGACGGUGCGUGAGCACCUACGAUUCUACGCACGUGUCCGUGGCAUCACCGAUGUCGAUCACAACGUGAGCGCCGUUCUGCGUGCAGUCGGCCUUACUGCCUUCGCCGACCGGCAGGCACAUGCUCUUUCAGGGGGCAACAAGCGUAAGCUGUCCCUGGGCAUCGCGCUUAUGGGCAACCCGACAGUUGUUCUCCUCGACGAACCAUCAUCAGGGCUCGACGCCGCAGCUAAACGCAUAAUGUGGCGCACACUGGCAGCCACUGUACCGGGCCGCUCCAUUCUAUUGACAACGCACUCUAUGGAGGAGGCGGACGCUCUCGCGGGCCGUGCCGGCAUCCUGGCCAAGCGCAUGCUCGCCAUGGGCUCGGCCGAACAGCUCCGCGCCCGCUUUGGCGAUGCCCUGCACGUGCACAUUGUAUGUCGGGGAGCGCCGCGCACACCGGCCGAGGACAUGGACCGCCUCGUAGAGUGGGUGCGGACUGCCUUCCCGGGUGCUGCCGUCGAGGACAAAAUGUACCACGGCCAGAUGCGCUUCUCGGUGCCGGCUGGGGACGUCAUCUCGCGGUUCAUGAACAGCAACGGCAAGACUGGUCAAGGAGGCGUUGCUUCCUCUGCCGCGUCCUCGGAGACGGAGCGGGAGAAGGAGGCUAUCCUGCCGGUGGGAGACGGCGAUGAUGUAGCCUCUUCACAGAGCGCUAUUGGCCAGCUGGUAGUCAUGCUCGAGGAACGUAGGGCGGAUCUAGGCAUUGAGCAUUAUAGUGUGUGCCCUACUACGCUGGACCAGGUCUUCUUGACGAUUGUAGGCAGACAUAAUGUUCAGGAGGAGGGCGAGGAGGAGCCGGCGGCAAAGAGUAAGAAGGCUUGGUGGAGGUUUGGGCUUUAG